AUGAAGAUAUCACAUCCUCUUUCUUUUCGGGUAAAUGAGAAGUUGCUUCUUUCUCCUGGACAAGUCACUAGUUCCAGUGCAAAGAAAACGAACUUGAAAAGGAAACGAGACAAGGAAAGAGAAGAUACAGCAGCUUACAAGAAAAACAGGGCAAUGAAGAAAAUAGAUUCCAUGAAGUCACAAGAGUCAUCAGAGAUUAGGGAGGGAACUACAUACAAAACAUGCGUAGAUCUAAACAACAAUGAAGAAGACAUGGAAAACAUAACAGAGAUACCACCACCCCUGAGAAAACCCCAGUCUACUCCUACUGCUCAUGACCAGUGCACAUUUGUUUAUUUUGAUAUGGAAACUACAGGUCUUGGUAAAGAUUGUGAAGUCACCCAGAUUGAUGCGUGUGAUUCUGAAGAAUCAUUUUCACAGUAUGUUCUUCCAUCUACUCAGUCCAUUUCACCCUCUGCCACUGCUGUGUCGGGUAUAGCUGUGAAGGAGAAUUUGAUGUUCAAGAAUGCCAAGGAUGCUAUGAAAACAUUUGUUGCAUGGUUGAAAAAAUUUCAAAAAUAG